AUGGAGUUUGAUGGUACCUGGGAUUAUGAUUUUAGACAAGGUUUCCAAGUAGGCCACGAAUAUUUUGGUAAAUACGCCACUGAUAUUUAUACAGAAGAAGUUGAAAAGGAGUCUCCUCUCAAAAUUGGACGUCCGAAAUCCGUGGGCAAAGUAAUAUCGUCGCUUUACAUACACGGUCUACUUAACAACACCGUGGUCGUAUUCACCACUGACAAUGGAGGUCUACCGGCUGGUAUGGGCAAUAAAAAUGCUGGCUCCAAUUAUCCUUUAAGAGGGGGUAAAAUGACUCUUUGGGAAGGUGGCACUCGCGGAGCUGCUGUACUAUGGAGUCCCUUAAUAGAGAAAAAGUCCCGUGUGGCAAGCCAAACGAUGCAUAUUGUAGAUUGGCUGCCCACUUUGUACAACGUUGCUGGUGGCAAUGUAAGUGUAUUUCAAGGCAUAGACGGUAUUAAUCAAUGGGAAACUCUGUCUAAAGACGGUGAAUCUCUUCGAAACACAGUAGUGUACAACAUUGACGACGUGAAAGGAACAGCUGCGAUUGCUGUAGAUGGUUGGAAACUUAUUACAGGUAUUUCAUUUCUUAAGAAAGACGGUUGGUAUGAACCCGACGGCCGUGAAGGGAGUUACGAUACAGAGUUACUAUUAAAUAGUUUAGCUGGUAAAACUAUUGCCAGUCUAAAUUUAAUGCCUUCAAUGCAUUGA